ACAAUAGCAUGCGUGAUGAAGAUUAAAGAAUGAACUGAACAGACACGGAAACAAGGCUUGGUUUCGUGUGUGUGUGCGUGUGUGUGCGUGUGCGUGUGUGUGCGUGUGCGUGUGCCACUCAGCCCGCACUCACCAUGUCUUUCAGGGAUUUGCAAAAUUUCACAGAGAUGAUGAGAGCGUUGGGCUUUCCUCGCUUGAUAUCGGUGGAAAACUUCCGAACGCCCAAUUUCACACUGGUGGCGGAAAUCCUUAUAUGGCUUGCUCAAUGUUAUGAUCCUCAGCUGGAAAUUCCAACGGACAUGAACACAGAGUCAGAAAGAAUAUUCCUUAUCAAGACCGUGGCUCAGUUCAUGGCAACGAAAGCUCACAUAAGGAUGAACACCAAACGCCUUUACCAGGCUGAUGGCUAUGCAGUGAAAGAGAUGGUAAAGAUCACAGCGGUGCUCUACAAUGCUAUGAAGACCAAGCAGAUGGCACUGGGGGACAGAGUGGACGAGGGCAACAACACUUUCAAGUUCGACCUGGGCUCUCGAAUUUCAGACCUGAAAGCAGCGCGGCAGCUUGCAUCAGAGGCCACAUCUAAAGGAGCAUCGCUGUAUGAUUUAUUAGGAAAGGAGGUGGACCUGAGGAAAUUGAGAACUGCUGCCAUUGCAAGACCUCUUGAGAUUGGCGAGACUGAAAAGGCCUUGAGACAUGCAAUCAAAGAAGUCUUGGAAAGUGUGGAGAAGACCAAAGUCAUGAUGAGGAAUGUUGUUUCGGAUGUCGCCAGUCUGGAUGCCAAGAAAGAAAAGAAAAAUUUGCAGUUGGAGAUGGUCCAGAGGAGGCUCCAGACAUUGCAAAGUGUGAGGCCGUUGUUUAUGGAUGAAUACGAGCAGAUCGAGGAGCAGCUGGAGGAGCAAUAUAAGAUGCAGGUGGAAAACUUUUCCAACUUUUAUUUUCUUGAGUCUCAGCGAGAAAAACAUCUCAGACAAGAGGAGGAAAACACUCGAAAGAGGAUGGUGCAGCAAAUCAAGGAGAAGGAUGGCGAUUAUAUGAGUUCAUUUAAUGAGGAAGAUACUGUUGAGGAAAAAAGCCAGGAUGGUGAGACGGAAGGAUGUCAAAUGUCUGAUCAACAGCUCCCUCUUAAUGACAUCAUAGCAGGAACAACCAUCGCAAACAUGCUGGGUGGUGACUCUGAUGAGUCAGAAGACAGUGAUAGAGAUGAAGAAGAUGAGGGCCCGGAAAUGGAGGGCUUUUUGAAGGGCGCAGAGACCAUGAGGCCUCACACUUCCAAGGGAGGCAUGAAACACCCUCUGUUGGCAAAGAGUGAUGAUGACUUUUGAAUAAAGAAUACACCUUUUAAAGUGACUAACCCUAACCUACAAAACCCCCUUUACUAGAAAAUUGUGACAACACAAAGUCCUUACUCUAAUCUGAUCACCCAACUGGCCUUAACCCACAAAAAACCCUCUUCUGAAAAAGAGUACACACAUUCAAAGUCCAAACUCUUUACCCUAAAUUGCACAGUUACUCUUUCUAGAAUUUUCAUUUUAUCUUUGCUGUCCAGCUUCAGUUAGGUCCAGGUUGAUCCCAGACAGCAGUUCUCCUCCACAGGAGUGGUUCAGCAACUCUUUCAGGGCUUCAUUUACUUCAUUGUUGAAGACAGUGCUGAAGUUGCCAUUGGGGAAACCACCACCUCCGUCCACGGGACAUGAACCCAUCGCCUCCUGCACCCAUUUCAACUCAUUGCUGAGCUCCAGGUGGAGUGCAUCAAAGUGCUUCUGUCUUUCUUGGUAGCGGCUGUUGACGCUACUGAGGUUGGAGCUAAAAGACUGCAUGUCAUCCUGAAGACUCCUCUUCAGGGCCUCCAGCUUACGGAACUCGUAACGGAUUUGUGAGAGCUCAUGACGCGCCCCCUCACUCUCCUCCUUGUACCAGGCCUCUUUCUCAUUAUAUAUAGAGACCAUGGCAUCGAUAUCUUCUUGCAGAGAAUCAUGGGAUGCGGCCAAGCUGAUAAAUAACCGUUCCAUAUGAUCGAUGUCCUCAACCACUUGGGCAAAGCGCUCAAAGUUUACGUAGGUGUUGUUAGGCGGCAUGCUUGAGUGGGACUUUAUUGUGUACUCCCUCAGGCGCUUGGUCUUAAGCUGGCGCCUCUCUCUUUUCUGAAGCUCUUUACCUUUAUUAUCCUCUUUGUGCUCAUUAGGCUGCAAGAUUCAAACAAUGCAUAGUUAAUACAGUAUAUGUUUAAAGUGGCCCUGAGACAGAAUCCAAAAAUGUAUGAGCCAUAUUUCAAACCAUGCCAAUCAUGGUACUUCGGGCCUGAGCGACUCAAAACAUGUGUAAAGUUGAUAGCACACGCAAAGCUCAUGCGUCAAGUAUUGUGCCUCUUAAUUAAGCAAAAUAGCAAGCACAAUACAUUUAGGGUGUCUUCAUGUAUAUGCAGAAUAUAUGAUGAUUUGGAUGCU